CUGGCUCUCUUCCGCUCAGUCUCAGUUUGACUGUCGUUCUCCAAAGGUUAAGUUGAUAACUGCACAGGAAAAACUUCCGUCUCAGCAUUGUGUGGAUGCUGUAGUUGUUGUUGCUGUUUGUUUUAUCAGUUUGUAAAUAUUAGUCAAAACUAAAAUAUGCAAGAGACAUAUCUGUACGAUCCGAAUGUGCUGCUGAAACUCGACUUUCAUCGCAGCCCCGCCAAAUUCCAGCCAUUUAUUUCCGCUGCCAAUCCGGGUGAGUCCUGGCUGAAGGUGCGUCCCCUCAAGGACACGGACUAUGAUCGGGGCUUUCUGCAGCUGUUGUCACAGCUCACCGAAGUUGGCAAUGUAUCACGCACACAAUUUCUGACACGUUUCUCGCAGAUGAAGGCCAGCGGCGAUUACUUUGUCACCGUCAUCGAGGAUACGCGCAAGGGCGAGAUCAUUGGCGCCGCCUCGCUCAUCGUUGAACGCAAAUUUAUACACAAUUGUUCAGUGCGCGGUCGCCUGGAGGAUGUGGUGGUCAAUGACACCUAUCGUGGCAAGCAGCUGGGCAAACUCAUUGUGGUAACCGUGUCGCUGUUGGCCGAGGAACUGGGCUGCUACAAAAUGUCGCUGGACUGCAAGGACAAGCUGAUCAAGUUUUAUGAGACUUUGGGCUAUGUACUCAUACCCGGCAACUCCAAUUCCAUGACCAUACGCUACGAUGAAGAUCCGGCUGCAUUAAAGCGCAAUGCGACUUCAAUCAUUGGCGCCUCCUCGGGCGACGCUUGCCAAACUGUGAGCCUCGAAUUUGCCUCUUGACAAUUAGCCGCCAACGCUGCUCCAAAAUCCAAGCUUUAGGAUAAUCCUCAACCUAAAGCUACACAAACUGCGCGAGGCGCAAUGUAAACAACACAAUCAAAUGGGCUCGAACAUAAAAUGCAAGCCAUUUGGUUGCCAAUUUCAUUCAAACCAAUUCAUUGCGCUUGGCGCAUGGAUUUUUGGACAGCGCUGGCAGGCGGUGGUGUCUUUGUGGUUCCUAUGAACCACAAAGUACAUACUAUUUAGUUAUAUUUGGCUAAGACAACCCACAUUGGCUUGGGCUCUACUCUGUUUUUUUUAAUUCUUACAGAACUCACAAUUUUAUAAUUUUUUCUCUCCUUUCUGCUACUGAAUGCGAACACCUCACAAUGAAAGGUGGUUGUUAUAUUGCCCUUUAAGAGCACUUUCAUCAAGUAGCCCUAAUCUUCUACUACAAAAAUAUAUAUAUAUAAAGAUAAAUAUG